ACACGGACAAGCCCCCACCCGACUCGAGUCCGUGUCCUCCGUCCGACCUGACGAGCUCGACAUCGGCCUCCGGGCCCGCCGCGAUGGCUACCCCGCGCUCCUCCCACCACCUCUCCGCCGCCUCCGCCGGGGGAUACCCCCCGCCGCUGCCACCCACGCCCCCCAGCGCUCCGCCCGACAUGGGCGCCGGCGCCGCCGCCAAGCAGAUCGUCGAUUCCCUCCUCGCUCGCUUCCUCCCGCUCGCCCGCCGCCGCAUCGAGACCGCGCAGGCUCAGGAUGGACAAUACCUCCGGCCAUCAGAUCCAAGCUAUGAGCAAGUACUGGAUUCUCUCGCCAUGGUUGCUAGACACACACCUUUACCUCUUUUGGAAGCUCUUCUUCGGUGGAGAGAUAGUGAAUCGCCAAAAGGUCUUCAUGAUGCAUCAACAUACCAAAAGAAGCUUGCUAUCGAGUGCAUAUUCUGUUCAGCCUGCAUUCGGUUUGCCGAGUACUGUCCACAAGAGGGCAUAACAGAGAAACUUUGGAUUGGCCUGGAAAAUUUUGUAUACGAUUGGAUAAUUAAUGCAGACAGGGUUGUCAGCCAAGUAGAGUAUCCUUCAUUGGUUGAUUUGCGGGGUCUACUCUUAGAUCUUGUUGCGCAGCUUUUAGGUGCUAUAUCACGCAUAAGGUUCAGCUCUGUGACAGAAAGGUUUUUCAUCGAGCUUAAUACACGGCGUAGUGAUACACCUGCCCUUAGAAGUGAGACACUCAGCAUAAUCAAUGGGAUGCGCUACCUUAAAUUGGGGGUGAAGACGGAGGGUGGUCUGAAUGCUUCUGUAUCCUUCAUUGCAAAAGCAAAUCCUCUAAAUCGUCCUCCCAACAAAAGAAAGAGUGAAUUGCAACAUGCUUUGUGCAACAUGCUCUCAAGUAUACUUGCCCCACUUGCAGAGGGUGGAAAGAACCAUUGGCCUCCACUUGGUGUAGAACCUGCAUUGUCACUUUGGUAUGAUGCUGUCACGCGAAUAAGAGUCCAGCUCAUGUAUUGGAUGGAUAAGCAGAGCAAACAUGUUGCUGUCGGUUUUCCACUGGUUACCCUUCUACUUUGUCUUGGUGAUGCCAAUACAUUCAACUCUAAUUUUUCCCAGCAUAUGGAAAUCCUGUAUAAGUAUCUCAAGGACAAGAAUCAUCGAUCAAUGGCAUUGGAUUGUCUGCAUCGACUAGUAAAAUUCUAUUUGAAUGUUUAUGCGGAUUACCAACCGCGAAAUCAUGUAUGGGAUUGUUUAGACAGUGUUACCUCUCAAUUACUUACUGUUUUGAAGAAAGGCUUGCUGACUCAAGAUGUGCAGCACGAUAAACUUGUUGAGUUCUGUGUGACCUUAGCUCAGAGCAACCUGGAUUUUGCAAUGAAUCAUAUGAUAUUGGAAUUAUUGAAACCGGAUAGUUUAAGUGAAGCAAAAGUUGUUGGUCUUAGGGCUUUGCUCGAGAUUGUUGUUUCUCCAUCAAAUCAACAAGUUGGCUUGGAUGUUCUCCAAGUGUUUGGUAUUGGGCACUAUAUUCCAAAGGUGAAGUCAGCAAUUGAGUCAAUAUUAAGGUCUUGCAACAAGGCGUAUAGCCUAGCACUUCUCACAUCAUCAAAGGCAACAAUCGAUAAUGUAACGAAGGAUAAAUCUCAGGGAUCACUCUUCAGGUCUGUGCUUAAAUGUAUCCCACACUUGAUAGAGGAGGUGGGCCGUAAUGAUAAAAUGACUGAGAUUAUACCUCAGCAUGGCAUAAGUAUUGACCCUGGUGUUCGUGAAGAAGCGGUGCAAGUGUUGAACAGGAUUGUACGAUUCCUACCUAACCGUAGGUUUGCCGUGUUGAAAGGAAUGGCCAACUUUAUCCUGAAACUUCCUGAUGAAUUUCCUCUUUUAAUUCAAACAUCACUUGGACGCCUGGUGGAGCUGAUGCGGUUGUGGAGAGUAUGCCUAUCUGAGGAAGUUUUGGCAAAAGACAUACAAAAUGUGAGACGCUCUAGUAUAGGAGGCGAUGCGCUACAGAGGUCUCCUUUUCAUAGGCCCAGGGAUGUAUCUGAAUUUCGUGCCUCAGAAAUGGAUGCUGUUGGCCUUGUCUUUCUCAGUUCUGCUGAUGUUCAAAUAAGGCUCACUGCCUUGGAGUUACUGCGAUGUGUUCGAGCGCUGAAAAAUGAUCUCAGGGAUUACUCGGCAAAUGAAUGGGGUGACAAUAAACUGAAACUUGAACCAGAGCCAAUAUUUAUUAUUGACAUCAUAGAGGAAAAUGGGGAAGACAUUGUUCAAAGCUGUUAUUGGGAUCCAGGGCGGCCUUAUGAUCUAAGACGUGAAAUGGACCCUAUUCCUUUGGAUGUGACGCUUCAAUCCAUUUUGGAGAGUGUAGAUAAAAGCAGAUGGGCGCGCUACCUCAGUGAAAUUGUGAAAUAUGCAGCUGAACUUUGUCCUAGUUCUGUGCAGGAUGCAAGAGUAGAGGUCAUUAGGAGACUCGAACAGAUUACUCCUGUUGAACUCGGUGGAAAGGCUCAGCAGUCACAAGAUACUGAAACUAAACUUGACCAAUGGUUGAUAUAUGCCAUGUUUGCAUGCUCUUGUCCACCUGAUAAUAGAGAAGAACUUCCCCUCAGAGCAUCAAGAGAAGUCUUCCAUAUGAUUUUUCCAUCACUGCGUCAUGGUUCAGAAGGAUAUGCACUUGCUGCUACAUCUGCCCUUGGUCACUCGCAUUUAGAAGUAUGCGAAACCAUGUUUGGUGAGCUGUCAGCUUUUCUUGAGGAGGUGUCAUCAGAAGCAGAAGGAAAACCUAAAUGGAAGAAUCCCAGGUCCCGCCGCGAGGACCUGCGCACUCAUGUUGCAAAUAUACACCGAAUGAUAGCUGAGAAGGUUUGGCCAGGGAUGCUUAGUCGGAAGCCUGUGCUCCGUCUGCAUUUUAUAAAGUUCAUUGAAGAAACAUACCGCCAAAUCAACAUGUCAUUGCCCGAUAGCUUUCAAGACUUGCAGCCUCUGCGAUAUGCAUUAGCAUCUGUCCUGAGAUAUCUAGGUCCAGAGUUUAUUGAUGCAAAAUCUGAACGGUUUGACAACAGAAUGCGUAAGAGGCUUUUUGAUCUUCUUCUUACCUGGAGUGAGGAUUCUGGUAGUUCAUGGGGACAGGAAAGCAGCAGUGACUAUCGCCGUGAAAUUGAGCGAUAUAAAACUAGUCAGCAUACUAGGUCAAGGGAAUCUCUUGACAAACUUGCAUUUGACAGGGAAAUGGCCGAGCAGUUGGAAGCUAUUAACUGGGCUUCCAUGAAUGCUGUUGCUUCAUUGCUUUAUGGGCCUUGUUUUGAUGAUAAUGCAAGAAAGAUGACUGGCCGGGUGAUAUCAUGGAUUAAUAGUUUAUUCAUGGAACCAUCUACAAGGGCACCUUUUGGGCAUUCACCAGUUGAUCCACGAACUCCGUCGUACUCAAAGCAUACUGAUGGAGGACGUUUUGGUGGAAGGGACAAACAGAAAACUAGCCACUUUCGAGUUCUCUUAGCAAAAACCGCACUGAAGAAUAUAUUGCAGACAAAUUUGGACCUAUUUCCUGCUUGCAUAGAUCAGUGCUACUCUCCAGAUCCUCUAAUUGCAGAUGGCUAUUUCAGUGUUCUGGCUGAAGUCUACAUGCGUCAAGAGAUUCCAAAAUGUGAAAUCCAGAGACUUGUGAGCUUGAUCCUCUACAAGGUGGUUGAUCAAACAAAACUGAUCCGUGACAGUGCCCUCCAGAUGUUGGAGACGCUUUCUCUUCGUGAAUGGGCUGAGGAUGAUACUGAUGGUAUUGGGCAUUACCGGGCUUCUGUUGUUGGCAACCUCCCGGAUUCCUACCAACAAUUCCAGUAUAAGCUGUCCUCAAAGCUUGCCAAGGACCAUCCUGAGCUCAGUGAGCAUCUAUGUGAGGAGAUAAUGCAGCGCCAGCUUGAUGCAGUGGACAUUAUUGCACAGCAUCAGGUCCUUACUUGCAUGGCUCCUUGGAUAGAAAAUCUCAACUUUGUGAGACUAAAGGAAUCUGGCUGGAGUGAGAGGUUACUGAAAAGUCUUUAUUAUGUGACAUGGAAACAUGGUGAUCAGUUUCCUGAUGAGAUUGAGAAACUUUGGAGCACUGUUGCAAGCAAUACUCGCAAUAUCAUCCCAGUUUUGAACUUCUUGAUCACAAGAGGGAUCGAGGACUGUGAUGCCAAUCCAUCAGCAGAGAUCACUGGUGCAUUUGCUACUUACUUUUCUGUUGCAAAGCGUGUCAGCCUUUAUCUUGCUCGGAUUUGCCCACAACAGACGAUUGAUCACUUGGUCUGUGAGUUAUCUCAGAGAAUGCUCGAGGACAAUGAGGAACCAGUCAGGCCUGGGAAGGUUGAUGUCUCUGCAAAUGUUGUAUUGGAGUUUUCUCAAGGGCCUACUGCCUCUCAGGUUUCAACAGUCAUUGAUAGCCAGCCUCACAUGUCCCCCCUUCUUGUUCGUGGUUCCCUUGAUGGUGCCGUCAGAAAUGUCAGUGGAAACCUGAGCUGGCGGACAUCUGCAGUUACUGGCCGAAGUGUAUCUGGCCCACUGAGCCCAUUGGCUCCUGAGGUAAGCAUUCCAAACCCCACGGCAGGCCGAUCAGGCCAGCUGCUUCCAGCAUUAAUGAAUAUGUCAGGGCCAUUGAUGGGUGUUCGAAGCUCUGCUGGUAAUCUGAGGAGCCGUCAUGUUUCCAGAGAUAGUGGUGACUACUACUUUGACACCCCAAACUCAACCGAUGAUAUUUUGCAUCAAGGGGGCAGUGGAGUUCAUGGGAUCAACGCCAAUGAGCUCCAGUCAGCAUUGCAGGGGCACCAACACUUGCUUUCGCGUGCUGACAUAGCUUUGAUUCUUCUGGCUGAAAUUGCCUAUGAAAAUGAUGAAGACUUUCGUGAAAAUUUACCUCUGUUGUUCCAUGUCACAUGUGUUUCGAUGGAUAGCUCAGAAGACAUUGUGCUCGAGCAUUGCCAGGACUUGCUCGUGAAUCUCCUCUAUUCACUUGCUGGCCGUCAUCUUGAACUAUAUGAGGUUGAAAGUAGUGAACGAGAGAACAAGCAUCAUGUGGUAAGCUUGAUAAAAUACAUUCAGUCUAAAAGGGGCAGCCUGAUGUGGGAGAACGAGGAUCCUACCCUUGUCCGGACCGAACUUCCUAGCGCUUCACUCUUAUCAGCACUUGUGCAAAGCAUGGUUAGUGCUAUUUUCUUUCAGGGGGACCUUCGUGAAACUUGGGGUUCUGAAGCUCUUAAGUGGGCCAUGGAGUGCACAUCUCGUCACCUGGCUUGUCGAUCGCACCAGAUAUAUCGUGCAUUGCGUCCCAGUGUUAAAAGUGAUAGCUGUGUAUUGCUCCUGAGAUGCAUCCACAGAUGCUUGGGUAAUCCUGUUCCAGCUGUGCUGGGUUUUGCGAUGGAGAUAUUGUUGACAUUACAAGUUAUGGUUGAGAACAUGGAGCCUGAGAAGGUUAUACUUUACCCGCAACUCUUUUGGGGCUGUGUUGCACUGAUGCAUACCGACUUUGUGCAUAUAUACUGCCAAGUGCUCGAGUUGUUCUGUAGGGUAAUUGAUCGCUUGACAUUCCGUGACCGGACAACAGAAAAUGUUUUGCUCUCAAGCAUGCCACGUGAUGAGUUUGACAUCAGUGGGUAUGUAACUGACCUCCACAGGCUGGAGUCUAGAACUACUUCAGAGAGAUUGCUAUCUGUAACCGAGACUGGGAAGGUCCCUGCUUUCGAAGGGGUGCAGCCGCUGGUGCUGAAAGGGCUCAUGUCCACUGUUAGCCAUGGAUCUGCAAUUGAGGUGCUAUCUAGGAUCACGAUACCUACAUGUGAUUCUAUAUUUGGGAGCCCCGAGACUAGGUUGUUGAUGCACAUCACAGGCCUUCUUCCAUGGCUCGGUUUGCAGCUCACGAAGGAAGUACAAGCACCUUCCCUUGGGCCAGCCUCACCUCUGCAAGAGCAGAACCAGAAAGCUUACUAUGUGGCAUCCAAUAUUUCAGUAUGGUGUCGUGCCAAAUCUUUGGAUGAUCUAGCUGAAGUGUUCGGAGCAUAUUCGUACGGGGAGAUCAUGUCGUUGGAAGAUCUUUUUACGCGAGCUUCGCCAGCAAUUUGUGCGGAGUGGUUCCCUAAGCACUCAUCGUUGGCCUUUGGGCACCUGCUGAGGCUGCUGGAGAGGGGCCCUUUGGAUUACCAGCGAGUGGUUCUUUUGAUGCUUAAAUCGCUGCUGCAGCAAACCCCCGUGGAUCCAUCCCAGAUACCCCAGGUGUAUAAUGUUGUGUCGCAACUAGUGGAGAGCACAUUAUGCUCGGAGGCACUGAAUGUGCUGGAGGCCCUAUUGCGGAGCUGCAGCGGCGUGACUGGGGGGCAAAGCGAGGAAGUUGGGUUUGGUGAGAAUGGACAUGGGGCUGGGGAGAAGGUUCUUCAGAGCAUGUCGUCUUUCAAGGCUAGGAGUGGACCGCUCCAAUAUGCUGGUGGGUCAGGAUUGGGGUCUUUGAUGGGGCAAAGCGGUGGCAGCGCCGCGGAUAGCGGAGUGGUGGCGCGAGAUGUUGCGCUGCAGAACACGAGGCUGCUGCUUGGACGGGUUCUGGACACGUGUGCCCUUGGGCGUAAGAGGGAUCACAAGCGCCUGGUGCCCUUUGUGGCAAACAUCGGGUAGAGGCGUUGGUUGAUGGAUGGCAGCCUUGUAUUGUACUUGUACAGCAUUGCUCUUAACUGGGGUGGGCUGAUGCACAAUUUUGAGUCAUGGCUGGGCAGCGGUUGACUGCAGUCCAAUGUAUAGUUUCAGAAUUAAUUGUGUAUUAUUGUUGUUUUGGUUAGGGAAACCAAACAUGAAACUUACUUUCUUUCUUUCUUUCUGUCUGUCUGUCUAUCUGUGGUGUAUGUAUUACAUGAUGUGCUAAUAUACUGGGAAAAUUGAAGGGACUGAUGAUUGAUGUUUAUUGCUG